AUGAUACUACUCCAAAGUGGCCACUUCCGGCGUCACUUAGUAUCUACAUAUCCGCAGAAAUGCCGCUCGCCUCGUUCCCCGCAGCUCCGCCAGCUCCGCCAGCUACACAAGCUCUUCGAAGCUGAAAAAAGGACAUUUACAACACAUCGUGCUAUACUAAAAAAGCAAGAUGCUAAUAGCCGGCAAAGAAAUGGGAUUGGAAACCCGCAAAAGGCUGCGUCUACACCGGGAGGCACGCCUACGGUUCCAUCUAAGCCGGCAGACAAUAAGGCGAACAUCCUGGACGAGGUAAUGUUGACGAGGAAAGAGCAACGCAAAGCAGACUGGGCUAUAAUGAGAGAGAUGACGAAGUAUUUGUGGCCGAAGGACGACUGGGGAACAAAACUUCGCGUAGGGGUCGCAUUGUCACUACUAGUUGGAGGAAAGAUUUUGAACGUCAAUGUUCCUUUCUACUUCAAACAAAUCGUGGAUUCUAUGAACAUAGAUUUUGCAGCGUUGGGGGGUACUGCCUGGACUGUUGCAGGAUCUAUGAUCGUGGCAUAUGGUGUCACAAGAAUAGGUGCAACAGUUUUCCAAGAACUCCGAAACGCUGUAUUUGCAAGUGUGGCACAAAAGGCUAUAAGAAGGGUUGCAAGGAAUGUGUUUGAUCAUCUACUACGCUUGGAUCUCAAUUUUCAUUUGAGUCGGCAGACUGGAGGUCUCACCAGGGCAAUUGAUAGGGGUACCAAAGGAAUAAGUUUUCUACUUACUUCAAUGGUAUUCCACGUCUUUCCUACGGCUUUGGAAAUAUCCAUGGUCUGUGGAAUUCUGAGUUACCAAUAUGGUCCCAAGUUCGCAGCAAUUACGGCUGCAACUAUGGUAGCGUAUUCAGCUUUUACAAUUACAACCACUGCAUGGCGCACCAAGUUUCGCAAACAGGCAAAUGCCGCUGAUAACCAGGGAGCUACCGUUGCCGUCGAUUCUCUCAUCAACUAUGAAGCUGUGAAAUACUUCAAUAAUGAGAAGUUUGAAGUGUCCAGGUACGACAAGGCCCUAAAAUCAUACGAAAAUGCGUCAAUUAAAGUGACAACUUCACUUGCCUUUCUGAACUCUGGCCAAAACAUGAUUUUUUCGAGCGCGCUCGCAGCAAUGAUGUAUUUCGGCGCAGAUGGUGUUGCCACUGGAGCGUUGACAGUCGGGGAUUUGGUUAUGAUAAAUCAACUCGUCUUCCAGCUCUCUGUCCCCUUGAACUUCCUGGGCUCGGUGUAUCGAGAGCUUAGACAGUCGUUACUGGAUAUGGAAACACUUUUCAAUCUCCAGAAGGUCAAUGUAAAAAUAAAAGAGCUGUCGGAUGCGAAGCCGUUACAACUUACAAAAGGUGGAGAAAUCAAAUUCGAAAAUGUUACUUUUGGUUAUCACCCAGAUCGAAUGGUUCUAAGAAACGUCACAUUUACCAUUCCAGCGGGUCAAAAGUUUGCCGUCGUUGGCCCAAGUGGAUGUGGAAAAUCUACGAUUUUGAGAUUGCUUUUUCGGUUCUAUGAUGUGCAGGGAGGCCGUAUUUUAAUCGACGGCCAGGAUAUUCGAGGCGUCACACUCGAUAGCCUGCGGAAAUCAAUAGGCGUUGUACCUCAGGAUACGCCAUUAUUUAAUAACACCAUUGAGCACAAUAUUCGAUACGGCCGAAUUGAUGCUACAUCUGAGGAAGUACGACAGGCAGCAGAACGCGCGCACAUCCAUGAUCUAAUACAGCGAUUACCAGCUGGAUAUAACACUCCGGUCGGUGAACGUGGUAUGAUGAUAUCUGGAGGCGAAAAGCAAAGGCUCGCUAUAUCCAGACUUAUCUUGAAGAACCCGCCAUUGUUGUUCUUCGAUGAAGCAACAUCUGCACUAGAUACGUACACAGAGCAGGCACUCCUUCUAAACAUCAAUAGUAUUCUCAAAGACCAGGCAAGAACGAGCGUUUUUGUAGCUCAUCGACUUCGGACAAUAUAUGAUAGCGAUCAGAUAUUGGUCUUGAAAGGCGGCCAAGUCGCUGAAGUUGGUACUCAUUCUGAACUUCUGGAAAAACAGGGUGUAUAUGCAGAGUUAUGGAAUGUUCAAGAAACGUUACUGGCGCGAGACCCGGAGCGCGAAAGAGAGAUAGAGAUUGAAGAAUUCGAGAGGGAGAAGAAGAUGGAGGAAGCAAAGAAAGAACAGCAUCUUUCGCAAUCGGCUUCACAGGACCCACCAAUUCCACAUUAA